GAUGGCGAACGCAACAACUUCAAGAGCAAGAGUGGAGUCUUUCGUGUGGACUGACGACGAAGUCGAACUUCUACUCAGAGUCACACUCGACUACAAGUCCACUAAGCUCCAAGAAAACGUGGACUGGGAGUCGUGUCACUCCAAAUAUAGUGAUAUAACGGACGCGUUUCAGGCACAGUAUCCGAGGGAGCUAACCAAUAAGGAUUUCCCUCACGAUGCUACCAUGGUCUCAAAAGCCCAAGUCACCGCAAAGUUGAAAAAUAUACGCAGCAAAUACAGGCAUGCGGUGGACACAGGGCGUCAAAGUGGUCAAGGACGGGUAGUACUCAUAUUUUAUGAGCUUUGCGAGGAGAUCUGGGGUGGUUCGCCUGCUACACGCUCCAUCGAUGCCGGCUUCGAGACGGGUGACCUGGAAGAGUCGUCUACAUCGACAGUGGAGCUGUCUUCCGAUUCUCCAAACUCCACUGAAUCCUUCGACUGUCUUACAUCUGCGGUUGUAAAGCAGCGCCAGGAUUUGCUCCAGGCAAAGUUGAACAGCCAUAGAGGAGACAGGCUGAAGAGGAAGGUUCCCACCGAUCCGGCAGAGGAGGACCUUAAAAUAAAGAGGAGGAUGUUGGAGUUGAUGGAGGACUCUUCUAGACGCAACUCCGACAACAUGCUGCAGAUAAAUACAAACAUUGCUAACAUUACCAGCAGCAUUCAGGAGUGUUUUUCCUUCAUGAGGGAAUUAUUCCAACGUCAAUUUACACAAUUCACCCGCAGCAGCAGUGGUCAAUUCCAAGGGCACCCACCAUCAUUCAUAAACACAACACCACACCCUACUACACCAGCCUUCCUGCACACACCUCGGCCUGAUAAACCAGCAAACCAACCUCAACAGUACCACCCUGAAUGCUACACACCUACACCACAUGUCACCCCACAUCAGCAAACAUCAUUUUCAUACAGACGUGCACUGCUGCAAGAUGACACAGAGUGACUGCCCUGUUGCACUA